ACAGACGCGCACCCCCGGAAUGCGCGCGCACGCAGACACGGCCCCCGCCCCUGCGGGCCCGGCCGGGCGGAGGCGGCUGUCCCGGGGAUCCCGGCCCCUCGUGCGUGUGACGUCGCCGCGUCUCGCGCUGCUCCGGGCCGGCGGCUGGAGGCUCCGGGCGGCGGCGGCUGCCGGGCUGGUAUUCAUCGACCAUCUGUAUUUCUGUAUUUCUGAGCAAAGAUCGGCCAACGGCAAAAUGAAUUUACCAGGGAAAGAUGCGCACCGGCUUGGCUGCUUACUAACUGGAAGCUGAAGGUCUCCCAGCCUCUGUGCAGAGGAACAGAAUGCGGGUCACCAUGAGGCGGGUGUUGCUGGGGCUUGGCUUUGCUGUUGCCCUGAUGGUGACUGUGCACCUUGGCCAGCAGAUGUUGGAGUGCCAGGAGCUGCUGGACAGGGGCUAUGGCAAGCGGACGCAUGGGCUGAUGAGACCAGAAAACGAAGAACUGGUUAUGGUGGACUCCAGUCGCAUCGAGUACCGGUACAGCAAGGAGAUGCCGCUGAUCUUUAUCGGUGGGGUUCCGCGGAGCGGCACGACUCUCAUGAGAGCCAUGCUGGAUGCGCAUCCAGAGGUCCGCUGCGGAGAAGAGACUCGCAUUAUUCCCCGGGUGCUGGCCAUGCGCCAGGCCUGGUCCAAAUCUGGGCGCGAAAAGAUGCGCUUGGAUGAAGCGGGAGUGACGGACCAAGUCCUGGACGCUGCCAUGCAGGCGUUUAUCCUGGAAGUCAUUGCCAAGCACGGGGAGCCAGCCAGAUAUCUAUGUAACAAGGACCCCUUCACGUUAAAAUCCUCUGUCUACCUUUCCAGACUCUUUCCCAAUUCCAAAUUUCUGCUGAUGGUUCGAGACGGCCGGGCUUCUGUCCAUUCCAUGAUCACAAGGAAGGUAACGAUUGCAGGCUUUGACUUGAACAGCUACCGAGACUGCCUUACCAAGUGGAACAAAGCGAUCGAGGUGAUGUAUUCCCAGUGCGCAGAGAUUGGGCAGUCCAGGUGCCUGCCUGUCUACUAUGAGCAGCUGGUGCUGCACCCUGAGCAGUCCAUGCGUGUCAUCAUGCAGUUCCUAGACAUUUCCUGGAGCGACGCAGUUCUGCACCAUGAAGAGUUAAUAGGGAAACCAGGUGGAGUCUCCCUUUCCAAGAUAGAAAGAUCAACAGACCAGGUUAUUAAGCCUGUAAACUUGGAGGCUUUGUCCAAAUGGAUCGGGCACAUUCCAGGGGACGUAUUGCAAGACAUGGCCCAGAUAGCACCAAUGCUCGCUAGGCUUGGCUAUGACCCAUAUGCAAAUCCACCCAACUAUGGCAACCCAGACCCCUUGGUAAUCAACAACACCCAGAGGGUUAUGAAGGGGGAUUUUAAAACACCAGCCAAUCUGAAAGGGCGUCUUCAGGUGACUCAGAAUACGUCUGCUUCUCACUGAAAGUUAAUGAUUUCCAGGAUGUUGCAAGUGGCCUUCCAUUGCCCAGCAGAGAAGGAAUUUGCAAAUGCAAAAGUGGAAAUCUGUUAUCCAAGCAUAUUGCUUGCUACUAAUAUUGCCAAAAUGUGACUGCUGUACCAGGAAUGUAUUUGCAUUUAUUUGCAAAGGUCAAACAUUUCACACUUCAAGUACCAGUUGUCUACCUUUUCCGAACACUCUGUGGUAAAGAGAGAAAUCUGUGGAAAUGAAUUUUCGGACUGAACCUUUGAAGUGCAUUGGAAAGAGAUUUUAUAUUCAGUUACUUGAGAACUUUUUAAAGUUGCAUUAAAAUUGUCUUGUAAUUUUGUUCUCUAAUUUGAAACCAGAAAUAGGUGUAAUAACCGCAUAGAGCCUUUGUUGUACAAGUGACAAUUGGAGACUUGCCUUCUAUCAUUCCUUCACUCGUAACGUACAGAAUCUAUUGCAGAGUUAAUAUAUGAGGCCGUUCUGUUUCA